GUCGCCAUCCAUCAUCUGCAACCUCGACGAUCGACGCACCGCAGCAUGGACUAUCCCGGGGGACGAUACUCGAACUACAAGAGGACAAACAACGGCGAUGGCUCGAGACGAGAUCGCUUUGGUCCCUAUAAGGGCAACCGGCGCUCGCAUUACUACACGCCGCCUCCCAAGACCAAGGAGGAGGAGCUGGAAGAGAGACUGACGUCUCUACUCGUCAAAGUUGGCGACAAGGCCCCCCAGACCAAGAGCAACCUCGAGGUGCUGGUGACCGUCCUGGAGAAGGAGUACCAUGACAACAAGGAGACGAUCCUAAAGGGCCUCAAGCACUGCAUUACCGAGCUUCCGAUGAAAACGAGCAUCUAUGCCACGCUUACGGGCAUCGUCAACACCAAGAACUUUGAUAUUGGCGGCGACAUUCUCUCCUGCCUGAGCGAUGCCAUGGACGAGGCCUUGGCCGGCGGCAACUGGAGAUCCGUGAAGUUGCUGCUGCGCUACUUUGCCGAGCUCGUCAAUGCCAACGUCGUUCUGCCCGGCAGCCUCAUUGCCCUCUACGACGGCUUCCUUCGAGUCAUGUCAGAGCCCAACCCUCGUAUGGAGCGGGUCGAUGCGAUUGUGUACAUUGUCCUUGCCUCGAUCCCCUGGGUUGCUCCCCAGCUGAGCGACCGCGCCAGGGACGACUUUGACAGAGUCCUCCAGACCAUCGAGGGCUACGUGUCCCAGCGACCUGCCAUCGCUCAGGCUUCCGGCGGCCAAGUCGUGCUUGAAGCUCUCAAGAUCAACAGAGGCGCUGUCGCCGACGACCCCUACCCCCAGCUCGAUUUCCUGGACCUGUUGUGGGCCCAGAUCCUUGACCUACGCAAAGAUAACUGGGAAACAGGUAUCCUGCUGAAACCAUAUAGCUAUUUUGAGGACCUCUUCAACCAGGAGCUGCAGCAUGAACUCCGCGAGUUUUCGCUGCCGCCCGACUCCGAGAGCAGUCGCUUCCCAUACCAAGAGCCCAAGUUUUGGAUCUUUGACGAUUCGCUGAUCCCCGAGGGCAAGGUGCACCUCCCUGCGACCGGCACGAUUGCACGCUUCAUCCUCGACGACAUUACCUCGGACAUUAUUCAUCUCUUCCCGCACAACCACCGCGAGUGCGCCAACUACCUGCUUGCGCUGCCAGACUUCCUGAACACCCAGUACAUCGAGGAGCACAACUACAUUCCGCUCGAGACCACGAUCGAGUGUCUGUACUGUGAGCUCGUCAAGCUGCCUCGGAGCCAGGAAAAGUCGGUAUACUAUGCGAUGCUCCUCGGCAACCUGUGUCGAAAUGCCAAGGACAAGGCGCCUUCGAUUUUUGCACGCGCCUUGAAGAUCCUCUAUGCCCGGCUCGACUCCCGCGAAGGCGCGCACGCUGGCACCGAUGUCGAGAGCAUCAAGCGCCUUGGCGAGUGGUUUGCCCACCAUCUCAGCAACUUUGGCUUCAUCUGGAAGUGGCACGACUGGGAGCCGGCCAUCCAAGACCCUACUUCUGCUCAGUUUGUCUUCAUUCGCGAGACCCUGGAGCGCUGCAUCCGUCUGUCGUACUAUGAGAGAGUCAAGGAAGCCGUCCCCGAGAGCUUCCAGAGCGGCGAGUUUCCGAUCUUCCCCUCGGAGGCGCCGGCUCCAGUCUUUGUCUAUGAGGAUGCCGAGCAAUGUGGAGACGCCGAGACGUUUGCGUUGGCAACUGAGCUGUUGGCAGCUAUGAACAAGAAGAAGCCGAUCGAAGAAGUGGAGGCGAUUCUCCUGCGAAUCUCGCGCCACGGAUCAGGCAUGUCGAUCGAUAACGAGAACGCCAUGAGCACCGACGACGCCUACACCGAUGGCAAUGGCGCCCAGCUCGUCCGGGACGUGUUUUUGCAGUGUCUGCUCUCAAACGGAUGCAAAAGCUUCAGUCAUAUUCUCAACAUCAUCGAGCGAUAUCUCGUAGUUUUGCAGAAGCUCAACAGAACGUCCGAGGCCCGCUUGCACAGCACUGCCAUCAUUGCCAACUUUUGGAGACACAACACCCAGUUCCUCGAGAUCGUGCUGGACAAGAUGAUGAACUACCGCGUGAUUGAUCCCAGCAGCAUCAUUUCGUGGGUCCUGAGCGAGGAGGUGCUCGCCGAGCACUACUCGAGAUGGUUUAUCUGGACCACCCUCAAGAACAUCCUGUCCAAGAUCAAUCUCAAGUCGGAGCAGAUUCAGAUCAAGCUCGCGGCUACUCGCAACCGCGACGAAUUCUCGACCAACGAGGAGUCGCUUCAGCUGGUCCAGACCUUGGAGAACUCGCUGUCGACAACCAAUCGUGAGAAGAAGGAGGCAUUCAUUCUCGUGUUCCAGCGCUUCAUCGACCUCAUCACUCGAUACAUCCAGAGCAUGGAGUCGCAGGGCAUCGUGCCUCAGAACACUAUCUGGUGGCGAUGGGUUGUCGGCAACUUCCGCGAGGUUGGCCGCAAUUUCGAGAAGGACAUCUAUACUAUGCUUGUCACUCUGGACGCCGUCGUGUUUACGGAUCACAUUGAUGCCCGAAUCACCCAAAUCUGGCGGGAGAUCAAGCAAAUGUACCAGCGUCGUAUUUUGGCCUGAUCGCCGCCGAGGGCGCACCGAUGCCAUCGAUGCCUGCCGUACUGCUGAGGGAGGGCUCGUCCCAGCCAAACAAACUGAACGUGUAUGCACAACAAGCAAUACAGCGUCUCUCCGAAGUAAACGGGACAUCCAGUUGUCGGGAUUGAGCAUGCAGGCUGUGGUCGGGGGGGGGCAGCAGUCAUCAAUGGGAGAUGUAAUCUCGUUUGGAUCAUCGAACUGCAGUGU